GAACGCUCGAAUGCAUUUCACUCGCAUUGCGAAAACUGUACGGCGCUAACUAAGAGACUAGGUUACCCAAAUAUAAUUCAAGAUCUCUGAAAAACAGAGCUAAACAAAAUAAUAAAAAAAUAAAAAUCAAAAAAGUGUGCAGUGCGGAAAAAUGCUGCGGAAUGUGCUGUGAUUUUGGUGUAGAAUUGCGGGAAAUCUUGAGUGCCUGAGGGGUGCUGUAAGUGAAAGAAAACUCGAGGACGAGCGCGUAUGUGAAACAGCUUCUAAUUAAAUCUAACUUCAACACAUGAAACCAACUUGAAAAUCGAUACAUAACAACAAAAUUGGAAAAUUGGACAGAGCACGAGCGCGCUGAGAUUUUGAUAUUCGAGACCAGGCCGUAAAAGUCAAUUUUAAAUCUCGCGACACGCACGGCUCGUUAUAUAACUUGUCAGGCGACAUCACGUCGCCGCGGGGUCGUGUGUAUGUGUGUGGGGCAGGGCGCACUAAAUCGAUAUGUGUGGAUAGAAUGGCAAUGGCGAAAAGUGUAAUGUGUUGCUCCUAAUUGGAUUUAUCUCGUGGAUUAAGGAAGGCUAGCAGACUAGAAAGCGAUUGGCCGCCGCCGCUAGAAGUAAGACCAAGCCAACCAGUACAGCACCACCAUGGGAAAGAAGAGGGUGCCAAGUGAGGACUUGGUUGUGCCGCCGCAGGACACGAAAAUUUGUGGCACCAUAUGCAUCUGCCAGAUGACGCUGGUGCUCAGCUCGGUAGCCCUGGUUUAUCUCACAGUAGCCAUCUAUAUGCCGUCCACGCGUGCUUUUAAGAGCGGUAUCGAUCCGACGCCUGUAAUGUGCACGACAACGCGUGCCGUCAACAAGGACAAUUGCGAGUGGGGCUCCUGUGGAGAGUGGUGCCUGAGUAAGACCUCUGGCGCCUGCAUUCAAAUCUACGUCAACUUGCGCAGCAACGGAACCAACCUCACCUUCCAGAACUGUACGAACUCGGCGAACAAGACGUGCUACGGCAUCGAUCAGGAUCGGGCGGACAAAGCACGCUGCAUUAACGAUGAGUGCAAAAACCUGACAGGCACAUUCAACUGCACGGCCGGCCAGUGCCUAAAUAUUACAGACGCCUUCGAGUGCGUCUUCCACAACAGCGAUGCGCCGGUGAAGUGCUCCGGACGACGUGGAAAAAUUAAUUGCAUGGACAUCAGUGGCCUCUUCUCCUGCAGUCGGGGCACGUGCCGAAAGAUCCGCACACCCUAUAACUGUGACCGUCGCUGUGUGGACAUACCGACCCGGAACAAGAACGUGGUUGUUCUAAGCGGGGACAGAGUGUUCCUUUCGCAAUGCCAGAACGCCAUCAAUGCUGAGACGAUGGAAGAGGUGUGGAACGAAUCUAACGACAAUGUAGCCGUGACCUCGUGCUACUUCAUCAAGAAUACCUCUGAUCGUGUGGAUGCCGUGGACUGCAUCAACGGCUCCACACUCGAUCACAAUGUGCUGAGUGAUCUGACCAAUUUCACAUAUCUCAGCCAUUUGCAUGUGGCCGUGGCCACGCCUGUGCCGGAGAUCGCACCACCCGACUACGACCUAACCAUCUCGAAUGAGUCGAAGCUGAUGAUCAAUCUUGAAGGCUGCGUCAAUACGCUGGCCAACGAGUGCAAGGAGUUCUUGCAGGUUUUUGGCCGGGAUGGCAGCGAUCACAAUGCCCGUGCCCGUUUCCCGUGCUUCUAUUCGCCCACUAAGAAGGAAAUCGUGGUGGCUCGCUUUGAUCUUGAGGUCACCUAUCGCCAGUUCGUGUUCGCUUCCGUUGUGCCCUCGGUGCUCUUCGUGGUGUCCUGCAUGAUACUGUUGCUUUGCCAGAAAACUGUCUACGUGGGUGACGACGCCAAAAUGCGUUUCAAGGGCUGCGUAGAUACAGAGACAAUUUUAUCCAGGAAUAAUGCCGGUGUGCCCACCACUGGCGACACUGGUGGCGGCGGUGGCGACGAAGUAAUGGCACUAUGAGAUCCGUCACGCAUUCCUCUGCUCCAGGAAGACAGUCCAAUACAUCAGACUGGAGUGUUCGCCUUGCAAUAAUGGAUUUGGGCAUAACAUGGAGCUCUUUGUAAUCCUUCCAUCGAACUAUUAAUCACAAGAAACACACAGACAAC